AUCACCUCGCAUCCCUUAUCUCCAUUUUCCAUGACAAAUCUCAGUACACCACGGCAGGCCCUCCGAACAGCAAGACCACCUAGGAGCUUGAAGCGGAGAGACUCAGCCUGGGCAAUAGCGCAAAGCCCUCUGUUAUUAAUUUUCUCGGCGUAAAGCUCGACGCUGUUCUCCGGGAAUUUGAACCGCUUCUGUACCAAUGAGGUCAGCUCUCUGAUCCUCCUCCCCUUCUCACCGAGAACGUUCUGGGUCCGGGUGGCUCUGAUGGUGAUCUCGGUACGCAUAGGGGUAACCCUAACUUCGACUCCGGAGUAACCGUCCUCUGCCAGCUCACGGGUUAGCACCUCAUUCAGCUCGGCGAAGAGAACUCCGUCAGCUACGAACUUUCGCUUUUUGCUCAUCUGGGUUGCCAUUUUCGGGUUGAGGAGGCGAGAUCAGACGGCGAAGUGGCUGCUGCUUUGCAAUUUGCAAACCCUACUUUAAAAAUCUCUGAUUUUGGUUCACGUUUCUGGUGAAAGAAAUGAGUUCGGACUCUGCUGUUGUUUGUGUUUUAGACAACGACGAGGAAGAUAGCUCGAAUCAGAACAUCUCCAAGAUGAUUUCAACGUUAAGAACAUCUUUUCGAACGAAAGAUUUCGACCAAAUCGAAGAGAUUCUGAUAUCAAGAGAAUUAAAAUUGAAGAGGGAGCUCAAUAAACAAAAAAGCGAGAACGAGAAGCUGAAGAGGCUCGUAGUCCUCGAAAAGGCGGCUCAGGAUGCAGCGCAAGUAGGGGAGAGGAAGGCUGUGGAGAGGUAUGAAAAACUGUUGGAGGAGGUGAAGACAGGAGGGCUAGACGAAGAUAAGGCGGUGAUUUUGGAGCUUAAGAAGAAGUGUUGUGUGCUGGAGUGUUCGAAAAUAAAGGCUGAAAGCGAGGUUGAGCUUUGGAAGAGGAGGUUUGAAGAGUUAGGGAUUAGAGUUUCUAAAUUGGAGGAAGAUAUGGCACUUCUGAUGGAUAUGGGGCCUCAGGUUUCAAAGAAAUGUGGCGAUAACUCGUCGGUAAAGGAGAAGAAGUGUUCUAGUGGAAAGGAGAGAGUUGAAAAUGGGACUAAUUCUGUCGACGUGAGCAUUCGAGAUAAUGGGUUUGAUUGCGACGAAAAUACGAGUGUAGCAGCCGGUGCAGGCCUUAAUUUACGUUCGCCCACUAAAACAGAUGGGGAUUUGCAGAGUGCAGCUCGUCCAACAUCUACAUCAAGAGCCUUUGUUGACAUCCUUGAUAGCGAUGAUGACGUGCUCCAGGAGGAAUUUUGCUCAGAGAAGAAAAGAAAGACCGCAUAGACAAGGGGAACUACUUUUGUGGAGUUUUUUGUAGAUGGCGAUUCUCAAGGGAACCCAAAGAUAUCGGUUAGAGUUGGAGAACGGGACCAGAAAAGUCUUUCUGACUGUAAAGGACUAGCUAUUGACCACUGUAGGCAAUUAUUUGAGACUUACCAGAAGAGGAACAUUUCUUCCAAUCAUCAUUUGAAUGUGCAGAAGUAGAUGAUACGAGAUGGUGAUAUUUUGUAUUUUGUGGAUCUGAAUCCAUUUGUUGCUGGAUUAUCAAAUGUAAGACAUUUGCAACCUAUCCUGAUAACAGCAGAUUCAGCGGGUAAAAAAGACACCCUUCUUGUC